GCUGCGAUGGCCAAUUCAUUUGUGGCUUGGAGUGUCUGUGGGAGUCAGUGGCAGAUGCAGUCCUCAUUGUAACUUGUGAUCACCAUUGACUUGGGUGCCAGGCAUGUCGCCAUCCACCAGAAUUGAUCCGAUACCAAUCAUCCGGCUAGGGAUUCGAUAGCGGUGAAGCCCAUCAUCCACAUCCACUUUGUCCGUUGACAUACGAUACCAAAUCCUCUGAAGCCGAGGUCCAUAAGUUAUCCAAACCCCAGGAUUCAUUUUCUGGCACAGAUUGGCCGACGAUAGCCAUCCUUUCUCUUGUCUUGCGCACCCAAUGUUCUUGUCCUACCAACCAUCCCACUACCAUGCAUCCUUGACAAAGACCAAUUAACAGCACCCCAAUCCAGGUAGACUUCUAUCCCGUAUCACCGAUGGCGCCGACUUUUGCAGAUGUGGUCCCCAUUAAGCAGAUCUCCUCACAUCAAUACACUCUCGACCUCGCGGACGAAUACUGCAUAGGAACAGUCCCCAAUGGCGGCUAUGUGACCUCAUCCUUCCUCGUCGUUGCUAGGACGCACAUGUCCCUCACCCACCGCGUCCGCUCCGAACCACACCCUGUAAACCUACACCUCGAGUUCCUCCGACGCACAUCGGUUGGUCAAGCCCUGUUUACGGUCAAAGACAUCAAGCUCGGCUCAAGGAUCAGCAACCUGCACAUCGUCCUGUCCCAGAGACAGUCUCACAACGACCAAUUCCAGGAUGAAGCAGAAGGAUACAUCACGAUGAGCAACAUCGCGACCGAAUCAGGCCUGAGCCUCGACACGAAUUAUCAGCUCUAUCCUCCUCCUCUGCCAGUCGAUCUUAGGCAAUUAUCAGAAGGCCGCGACAAGAAUUACGCGAUCCGUGCCAACGACCCGUUCCCGCAGUUUCGCCGUGCUGCGCAGAAUAUCCAGAUGUUUCUCAUCCGGCGGGAACAAAGACCAGAGAACCACCCCAAGUCUAUAAACGAUCAAUGGGUCCGGUUUACGCCCAACCGCGUGCCGAAUGGCCGAUGGACAAAUGACGCCCUAGGGUUUCUGGUGGACAUGUUCCCCCAGAUUGUCGAAAGUUACGUCAAUCCCUUCGUCGAGGAGGCCGCGAGAGGCGAGCACUCCCAGGCAGAACUCAAACAGUUUCUCGAAUCGAGCGAGCCACGUGCAAAGUUCUGGUACCCAACGCUGGUACUGAAUCUGGACGUCAAGAAACUUCUACCGGAAGAGGGUGUUGCAUGGCUGUUUGUCAGAGUCAAAGCUAAGGCCAUACGGAAUGGACGGUUUGACUUGGAUGUUGAGGUUUUGGACGAGCAAGGGGAGCUAGUAGCGACUAGUUCUCAUGCCAGUCUGAUCGUAGAUUCGUCAAGGAAUAUGACGAGGAAGCCGAAGACUGGCAAGCUAUAGUCAUGAUACCGGGCCGCGUAUGAACUUGAUGAAGGAGGUGCUAACGUCCUUGACUAAGAGGUAAGACUACUUAGAUAUGAUAGAUCUUGAUGCAGCUAGGUUAGCCAUAUUGUAUUAGGGGC